CUUAUUUCAUCGACCAAGUUUGUAUGUUAUUAGAGUUAACGACUAAUGGCUAACCAGCAGAAAAUUCCUAAAAAAAGAUCAUUGACUAGUUAAUCCCUCCUUAUUUUAGAUGGUUCCUAAUUUUUUGCCAGUUUGAUCUUGGAGGAAAAACUUCUUCGUAGUCAGUGUAGAGCCUUUAUGGGUAUUUUUAUACAUUUUAAUUCCUUUUUAUCCAUAACCAACAACGAUCACGGAGAAAUUCCGCCACAAUGUUCGGCGGGACCGGUUCGUUCCGCGGCUAUCUGUGUCCGCAGCUGAAAUCUCCCAACAACAAGAACCAAGCUGGUUCUUCGGGUCUCGCUACCUGUGGACGACCGCAUUGCAAAUACAGCCACUCUGCGGAAUUGCUCUCUCAGCAACAGAACGGGAUUACUGCGUCCUCCAAUCCAUAUUCCACUAAAAGGUCAUCAUUUUCAGCCGGCUCCCGACUGAGUCCACCGGUGGAGACACCGUCACCAUCUUCCUCGACCAGUAUUCCACCGGUUUGGCCCACGGAAGAGUCGGUGCGCGGCGCGGACGAUGCUGUCAGUGUCGUGGCACCUUUGCACAAUGGUGCUGCAGCGGUUUCUUUGCCACUCGACAGCAGUAAAGUCACGCUCCAAAAAAGCGAAAUUGACGGGUUAAUCGUGAGACCCAACAGCGAUCAUAUCCCUCGCCCGACCUACAGUGAUGCACCCGAUCAGUCCACCAGCGAGCGCAACCCCUACAGCUUCGACUGGGUGGAUUCCACCCAGAACACCCAACCCAACGACCUCGAGUACGAUCCUAUCAACAACUGGCGCAUGCCCUUCCGCAGUACCAUCACCGAGCCGGAAGCAGUCGAAACCGCCACUUCGCCCGCUCCCUCGGAGACGGUGCCCCCAGCGGUAGCAGCCGCCGCUCCGCCUGCCAACCUCACAGCGGCCGCCGCCAUCCGGCACCGGAUAGCCGAAACGGAUUCCGUUGUGGCGCUAGGAAAGAAGCCGGUGGGACGUCCGCCGGCUGCGGCAGUUCCCGGGAAGAUUGCCCCGGCGUCCUCGUGGGUGCCGGCACCACGGAAACGCGUCGAGAAAUCCCCGGCGGAACCGCCGCGGUUGGUGAAGAAGAAGGCGCGGUUUGGGAAGGCCGUGGAUGAUGAUGACGUGAUGGAGAUCCCCGUGCAACCUAGUGGGAAGACCGCCGGUACCAGUGAGGCAGAAGUUAUGAAGAGUCUAUUUGGCGCGGAUGACGAAGAGGACGAUGAGAUUAUGGUUGAACUGCCCAUUGAAAUGCCAGCCAAACCGGUAAUUCCGCGUGGUUUUCCCAAAAAUCCCCAAAAGCUCCUACAAACUUUAACCGUACCCGAAGCUCCACCGCCAUCCCGACCGGCCGAACCCGUUUCUCCCCGUCCCAGUCAGCCACCGCGGAAGAAAAUUGCCACCCCCCAGCAGCAGCUGGAGAUGCGCAUGAAGGCCAUUGAGGAACAGAAGAGACAGUUGGCCGCCGCCGCGGCAGCAUCCGCGUCCGGAUCUCAAAGUAUUACUGCCCCUGUGAUUGCCGCUGCGGUGGAUAAGGGUGAAAAGCGCGUAGCGCACCAGCCAGUGGCUGGUGGCACACCGGCUGCGCAAAUACCGCGCGUGAUGGCUGUGUCGGGGAGUAAACUAUCGCUACCCUUCCGGCAACAGGUGCUGGAGAAGUUUAUCCAACAUAUGUCGCAGAUUUAUCCUUCCCAAAAGGAAGCUGUAGACAGAGCUGUGCAGACCGAGAAAGAUAUUGCCGUGAAUUCGUUUCACAUGGGAACGUACAGGAAUAAGGCCACGCAAGAGUUGGUAAAGUUAAAGCAAGCCGUCGCACCCGUUGUACCAGCCGCUGUGGGCGCUACGACCGGCCAAAAGGACAAGCCUAUGACGUUCCCGAAAGCCAGUCCCACUACGCCACAGCAGCAGAAGCAGAAUUUUUCCGUCAUGCCCAAGAAUACUCAACAGAGAAUUAUUAACAACGACCCGCGAAUGUGGAGCGAUAUGGAGUUUUAUGCCGCUAUGAAAAAGUCCGUUCUCACGGAAGACCAUCUUGUGAUCAAUGGCUAUCCAUUGAUACAGGCUAAGAAACAAGAUGGUGAAAAUCGCCGCGACGGACUGCAGCUGUACAUUGCCAUGUCGGGUAAAAUUACCCCGGACCGUAUUACUCAGACACGCCGGAUAUGUUGUCGUUGUAAGAAAGACUUUACGGUGGAUUUCGAAGGCAAUUACGCCCGCGAUGAAGAGUGCGUGUAUCACUGGGGGAAGGCCUUCUCCCGGCGCGUGUCCGGUGAAGGCAUCGCGGCCAAACGGACCUGCUGCUCGGAUGAAUCAUCCUCGUACGGCUGCUGUGUGGCUAAGUGUCACGUGGCCGACACCAUCCCCUCGUUAUCGGGAUUCGUAUCCAGUACGGGGGUACCUGCCACGCGGCCCGAAGAUAAAUGCAAAGUGUUCGCCAUCGACUGCGAAAUGAUCUACACCGUCGGUGGGAUUGAGUUGGCGCGGGUGACAAUGGUGGAUCGGCAUCUGAAGACAGUGUACGAGACGCUGGUGAAGCCGAAACAGCGCAUUAUCGACUGUAAUACACGCUUCAGUGGACUGAAACCGGAGAUGUUCAACCGGGAGUUGGGCAAGGGGAUGAAGAGCAUUGAAGAGGUGCAUAAAGAUCUGCUAGGCGGGUUGAUCACGGAAGACACUAUCCUGAUUGGGCAUUCGCUGGAGUCGGAUCUGCUGGCCAUGAAGCUGAUUCAUCGCAACAUUGUGGAUACGUCCAUUGUGUUCCCGCAUAAACGCGGCCCACCAUUCAAGCGAGCAUUACGAAAUUUAAUGCGUGAGUUGUUAAAUAAAAUCAUCCAAGAGGAUGUGGGGGGACAUGACAGUCGGGAAGACGCGGCAGCCUGUAUGGAGCUGAUGAUGUGGAAAACAAAACAAGACCGUGAGCGCCGUACAUGAAAAUUGCAAUGUUUGGCCAGAAUUUCUCGCCCAGAACGUGACAGUGACCGAGUUAAAAUUGACUGAAUUUUCGACAGCAUUUUUUGUAAUAAAGAGUUCAUUUAUGCUAAAACCCAUGAAUUCGGUUAUGGGAGCUGUGUGGUUACAUCUCCUGGACGCUCAAUGAAGCCGAUAAUGUAGAUGAUUUUAUUCUUAUAUGAUUUUGUUGUGCGGCUCUUGGUUGGGGUUGGAAACUUUAGUAUUACCGCUUGAGUGUUGUUUUUUUGUGGAUUAGAUCUUUUUGUGUGUGCUGCGUAACUGUUGUUUAUGCUUUUGUAUCAUGUUUGAUUUGUUCUUCUAAUUAUACUUAUUUUUACCAUGUUUAUUUUAUUGAUGUGUAUCUGAUAUUUCACUAUUUACCCGAUUAAUUUGUUAACUUUGCGAGCCACUAAUCAAGGCUGUUAUGACAUUGGGUGUGCAGCAAUGGAAAAGAAAGAAAAAAGGCUGACACAUGAAAAGCACGUUGGAAAAGAAAGUGAACCCGGCGAGAAAGCUGAGGUGAACGUGCUGUGCUGACUAUAUGGAAAAAAAAGGCAUUAAAGACGUU